AUGAAGGAAACUGCAACUUCUUGCUCUUUGGUAGACGCUCUCAUUGUAACUAUUAUGUUUGCCAUAGCAUUUACUAUUCCCGGUGGUAACAAUCAAGAUACAGGCUUGCCAAUCCUCACGCAUGACAAAUUGUUGAAGAUCUUUAUAGUAAAUGAUUCCCUAUUGCUCUUUUCUUCCUCAACCUCAAUGUUGAUGUUUUUGGAAAUUCUCACGGCACGAUAUGCAGAAGAAGACUUUCUUGAAUCCUUAUCUAAAAGGAUGAUAAUAGGCCUUUUCACCCUCUUCUUCUCCAUUACAACUAUGAUGAUAGCCUUUUGUGCUGCUCAUUUACUUAUAUUUCGUGGACAAUCAGUGAUUGUUAUUCCUAUUAUUAGUUUGGCUGGUAUUCCCAUAGUCCUAUUUGCAUUGAUGCAGUUUCGCCUUCUUGUUGAUAUGUAUGUUGCAACUUAUUGUACUUCAGGCAUCUUCAAUAGAAAAAUGAAGCCAUGGCUUUAA